AUGCCAGAAACAGAAAAAAAUACAUUAGAAAAAGAAGCAGAAGUUAGUAAAGAAAAAAAACUUAAUAUUCAAGAAACAGCAAUAGUUCAAUCAUCUGCUGCUCCGGCGGCAGCAAGUGAAAAAACUAGUCAAGAAAGCGGAGAAGAAAAAGGUGAAGAGAUUACUAAUGUUCAGGCUAUGGGACUGACUAAAAGAGAAGACAAAAUUAUUUUUGAGAAUGUUCCCCGUGAUAAAGUGGAAGGUGAAAAAGGGAUUAAAAAGCGCCUAGAAGAUUUGGGGGCAAAGCGUCGCGAAUAUUUAGCUGCUAAUCGUUCACCACUUUUUCAAACUCUUCCGGAGCGAGAUUUUGCUCAGGAACAAAAGGCAUCCUAUCAAUAUUUUCUUGAUCAAAAAUUGCCAAAACUAUUUUCUUUUUAUUUUCCAUUUGAGUUCAGUGAUUACAACAAUGAUGUCUGGAUAAAUGCCAGUGAAAUAAAGUAUCAGGAAUCUAACAGCGAAGAAGAGGCAAGGGCUAAUUCUUCUACUUGGAAAUUAGGGGAAGAAGGAGAUAAAUUAAUUGCAAAAUUCCAUUGUGAACAGGAUCAGAGGGUAGAUUUUUGCACUUUGCCAAAAAUAACCCGACAAGGAAGUUUUGUUAUUAAUGGCCAUGAUAAGGUAGUUGUUUUUCAUAUUUAUCGUGGUGCUAAAAAUCCGCGGAGUAUCGAAUUGAAAUUUCUUAAUUCUAAGACAGUUAUCGGUUUGCUUGAUAUUUUCAGGACUUUUGAUGUUUCUCCAGAACUUUUAGAAAAAAUUUUUGAUAAUGAGGAAUUGAAUAUUGAAGAUUAUCAAGAGGCUAAACCACUAAAAUUAGGAAUUAGCCAUCCGUUAUUCCGCUUCUUAUUUAUUAAAAAAAACUCUUAUUUCGAUUUAGGAAAGUUAGGACGAAAAAAGUACAAUCAAAAGACUAAUAUUUUUCGGCAAAUAGAAGAUCAAACAUUAGCCAGUGAUUUGUAUGACAGCAACCAAAAAUUAAUUUUAAAAAAAAAUACCGUUUUGACUGGCAAAAAUCUUCAAAUAUUAAAAAAAUCCCUGGAAGAAAAAAAAAUACCUGCUAUCAUUCUUCCUCAUUCUACGAAUGAACUGUACCUUAUUAAAAUAAAGUCACCGCAAAAUCCAGUGAAAAUUUUGUAUGUUGUUGGUAUAGCGGAAGAUUUGCCAGAAGAAAAAACUUACUUUGAUUUGGCUGAUUUAAUUUGUGCUGUUUCCAGUUACGUCAAUUUGCAUUAUGGUUUGGGCAGGGUAGAAAAGGAAGAAGAAAAAGACAAUUUAGAAAAUCAGAUUGUUCGCAGAGUAGGGGAUUUAAUUUACAGUUUGUUUGAGAGUAAAUUAGGUGGGUUUUUACAAAAUCUCGGCAACGCUUAUGUUACUAAUUAUCUUUCUCAGUUAAAAAAAGUCGAUUUGGCAAGGAUCCCUGAUUUAGACCUUCGUUCGACAAAUAAUAUUUUUGAAAAUUUACAGAAGAUCUUUUUUAAUAGUUCUCCUUUGGUUCAACUGCAAAACCAAAAUAAUCCAUUGUCAGAAAUCUCUUAUUCUCGAAAGUUAAGUGUUUUAGGAUUGGGGGGGUUUGGAACUAACACUACUUUGAAUGCUCGUAACAUUAAUUCCUCUUAUUAUGGUCGCUACGAUUUGGUAGAAACUCCAGAAGGGCAAAAAAUUGGUUUGAUUCAUAAUUUGACUAUUGGAGCUGAGAUAAACAAUUAUGGACAAGUAGUUCAUUCAUGUUAUUUUGUUCAAAACGGCGUAGUUACUUCGCGCUUGGAUUAUUUGACAAAAGCAGAAGUAUUAGUUCGCCAUCAGGGAGAUUUUAAGCAAGUGCCGAAAGAAAAACACAAUGAUGCUACUAGAAUGUUGAUGUCUUCUAAUAUGCAGAGGCAAUCAGUAACUUUGUUAAAAAAUGAAGCGCCUUUGGUUGCGAGUGGUUUGGAAUCCACUUUGCUGAAUAAUUCUCUUUUAGUUAUUAAAGCCGAAGAAAAAGGAAAAGUGGAGUAUGUAGACAGCCACCAAAUAAUUAUUAAAGAAAGUAAUAAAAAAGAAAAAACUUAUAGGUUAAAUCAAUCAGUAGUUUCUAACAAGAACAUACUUAAUUAUUCUUGCCCGUUGGUGAAAAAGGGUGAAAAAGUAGAAAAGGGACAAAUGAUUGCUUGCGGAAAUUAUGCUGAUCAAGGGGAAUUAGCUUUAGAGGAUAUUCUUACUUCUCUUCUUGUUAAAAAACACAAGGUCAUUCGUUGUAAUACCAAAUAUGGUCCAGAACUUUUUACUCCUUCUCCUCAUUCCUCUACCCCUUUACCUCAUUUAGAUGAAAAUGGUCUAGUAAAGGUUGGUAGCAAAGUAAAAGGUGGUGAUGUUUUGGUGGGCAAGCAGACUCCUGAACCUUCUCUUGGUAAGGAAACAGAAGAGGAGAUGCUUUUGUUGAAUAUUUUGGGGAAGAAGACUCAAAGAUUUGUGAAUUCUUCCCUAAUUUUGCCGGCAGAGGACGAAGGAAUAGUUUAUGAGGUAAAAACCAAAAAGUUUACCGACGAUGGAGAUGAAUUAGAAUUAGUAGAGGUUUAUGUAUUUUGCGAAAGGAAAUUGGAGGUUGGUGACAAAUUAACUACUCGUUUUGGUAAUAAAGGGGUAGUAGCUAAAAUUGUUCCAGAAUCUGAUAUGCCUUUUGAUGAAGAAGGAAAGACUAUUGACAUAAUUUUCAAUCCAUUAGGUGUUCCUACUCGUCUGAACCUUGGUCAAUUAUUAGAGGCAAUAUUAGGUUGGGCUGCACGAAAACUUAAUACCCAAUUUCUCUUCCGAGCUUUUAAUACUCCUUCUACCGAGGUAAUUAAGGAAAUUGUUAAGGAAGCUGGGAUUAAAAAUUAUGGUUCUAGCAAAUUAUUCGACGGUCGAACUGGUUUGCCUUUUCACUUACCUGUUUAUAAUGGCUAUAUAUAUGUAGUUAAAGUAAACCAUAUGGUAGCUGAUAAAUUCCAUGCUCGGAACACCGGACCUCGCUCUUUAAUUUAUCAACAACCUCUCAAAGCAGCCUGGAAUUUAAUGGAGAUGAUGGGUCCUAAAUCAGACGAUAUUUAUAAGUGCAUCUUAAUGCAAAAAAAUUUGAUAUUUGGUGACCGUCAAACCGACCUUCAGAGCAACCAGAGCGAGUCAUUCAAUCUUUUGCUACAAUAUCUUCGUGGAAUUGGUUUUGAUCUUCAAGCCACUGAUUAUCAAGGAAGAGAAAUUGAUUUUUACGAUUGGCUUUCGCCUCAAAGAAUUAAACAAUUAUCCUUUGCUAAUGAAAAGUUUAAGAUUACUAAUAGCAAGACGAUAAAUGCAAGAACCUUUAAACCAGAAUUGGGUGGUCUUUUCGAUCCCCGUAUUUUUGGACCUUUUCUUAACUAUGAAUGUUAUUGCGGUAAAUAUAAAGUGACUAAUAUCAUUUUGUUUAAAAAUUUGGCUGCUAAUUUAAGCAAAAUUCUAGAGAUAUCUGCCAAGGAUUUGGAGGAUAUUAUUUAUCUACGCUCCUAUGUAGUUAUUGAUAACGGAUUAACUAAGUUGUUGAAAAAGAAAAAGAUUUUGGAAAAGAAAUUGGACUUGGACUUGAUUAAAGAAAUUUUGCAAGAGGUUAUUCAAGAUGGAAGUUCGACUGAAGAGGUUAUUGAACAAGCACAAGAGUUAAGUGAUAGUUUAGUUGAAAGAGAGAAUCCAAACGAUAAAUUGUUAAGGGGAGUUGACGUUGAGGAGGAAUUACAAAAAAUUAAAACUUCUAGCAAGGGAAUUUUGCAAAAGGUUGAAAUUGAAAAGAAAAGAUUCCUACAAGCUUUACAAAAAAAUGGUAUAAAGUUGGAGUGGAUGAUUAUUAGUGAUCUUCCUAUAAUUCCUUGUGGUCUCCGACCAGUAACUAAAUUAAAGGAAAAGAAUACAGUUGCUGCCUCUCAAACCGAUAGCCUGCUCAAAAAGAUAAUUUUAACUGAUGAAAGAUUAAGUAGUUAUCUUGAAUCAAAUAAAGAACUGGGAGUUUUUCCAGUUGAUAUUAUCCAUAAUGCAAAAAGAAAAUUGCAAGAAGCUGUUGAUAGAUAUAUCUAUGGCUCGAGUUAUGCAAAAGAUGAAAUAAAAAGUUUAUCCCAAAAUUUGAGUGGAAAGGAAGGGAUACUAAGACGUUAUUCUUUGGGGAAGAGAGUCGAUUAUUCUGCUCGUUCUGUAAUUGUUCCUAACCCUAGUUUACUUCUUGAUCAAAUAGGAUUGCCAGAAGCUGAGAAAAUGUUAUUGGAUAAGGAUCCAAUCAUUUUUCCUCUCCUUAACGAAAUCGUCCAGAAUCACCCGGUUUUGGCUAACCGAGCUCCUAGUCUCCAUAGGCUUAGCAUACAAGGAUUUUAUCCUAAAUUAACUAAUGGUAACUCCAUCGAACUCAAUCCAUUAAUAACUACUCCUUUGAAUGCCGAUUUUGAUGGAGACCAGAUAGCUAUUCAUUUGCCUUUAACUAAGAAGUGUUGCGAAGAGAUCAAGGAGCGUGUUCUGUCCUCUCAUCAUCUUAUUGACCCGAAGAAUGUUGGUCGAAAUUUCGCUGCCGCAAAAAAUGAAUUUAUUUUUACCACUUUGGGAAAAUUAAGAUUUAACCAAAUUUUACCUCCUAGUUUCCCUUUCUAUCUAAAUGAUUUAGGAUGGUGGCAUAAUGAAGAAAAGGAACAAGUGGUAAGAGUGACCCCUCAGGAAGAAAUGGUUCAUUUUCUUGACCAACUGAAAAAAGUUAGUUUUGAUUACGCUACUUGUUCUGGAAUUAGUAUUUCGCCUUUUGAAUUAGGGGAAAUAGGUUCUAAAAAAGAACUAAUUCAACAAUCAAAAAGAAAGGAAUGUAAAGACGAGUUGCAAAAACAGUUAAUUAGUGAUUUGGAAGGCAAAACUAAUACUUCUUUUUAUCAUAUUUGGGCUUCCGGAGCACGGGCUAGUAGUGAAAAUUUGACUCAGCUUUUUGCUAUGCUCUAUGGGGCGAUUAAAGGAAUGACUGAUAUUGCCUUAAAAACUGCUGCUGCUGGUGAUUUGACUCGGAGAUUAGUGGAGUCAACUCAGAAUCUUGUCAUUAUUUCUGAUGAUUGUCAGACUGAUUCAGGCAUAUUAUUGGAAGAAAAUAGCGAAUUGUCUCUUUUUGAGAGAAUGUAUGGGCGUUAUUUAGUUCGCGAUAUUUUAGAUAAGAAAGAGACUAUUUUAUUUCUGGAGGGGAUUUGUCAAAAAUGUUAUGGAUUAGAUUUAAGUAGACCAGGAAAAACAAUAGCAAUAGGAGAAGCCGUUGGGAUAAUUGCUGCCCAGUCUCUAGGUGAGCCGGGAACUCAGUUGACUAUGAGGACUUUUCAUGUAGGAGGAAUAGCUGGUGAAGGUGAAGACAUUACCCAGGGAUUGCCAAAAGUUAAGCAAAUAUUUGACAAUAUUAAGCCAAAAAAAGGAGAAAAGGCUGUUUUGGCCAAGACAACUGGGAAGAUAACAAGCAUCGAGGAGAAUUUAAUUAAGCAAAAAAAUUUGAAAGAAGGAGAAUUUAUUUAUCCAAAAGACAAGGGAAAAAUAGUCAAAGUUAACGAAGGAGAUGAAGUAAAAAAAGGUGAAAAAAUUACAACAGGAAAGGUCGAUUUAGGAGAGUAUUUAGAAAUUAUGGGGCGUGACAUUUGUCAAGAUUACAUUAAGGAGGAGGUUAGAAGAGUAUAUAGCAGUCAAGGAAUAGAUAUUAAUGAAAAACAUAUUGAAAUAUUCGCUCGCCAAAUGUUGUCCAGGGUCGAGGUGAUAGAUAGUGGUGAUAGUGAUUACUUAGUCGGUGACAUAGUUAAUUAUCAACAUCUUCGAAAGAUUAAUCAGUCAUUGGUGACUAAUAAUAAGAAACCUGCCUCUUUUAAAAAUAUUAUUUCAAGCCUUAAGGAUUUAGCUUCUCAACCCGAUUCUUUCUUAGCCGGAAUUUCUUUUCAAAACACUUUAAAAAGUUUAAUUAAUUAUUCCUUGUAUCAGCCAGUAGAUUACUUGAAAGGAAGCAAAGAAAGUUUAAUUGCUGGGCAAUUAGUUCCGGUUGGAAAUGGACUGGCCGAAAGAGAAAAAUAUUUACAUUCAAAGAAAGUGAGGAUUAGGCGAAGUAAAAUUGAGUAG